GCCACUUCCCUCCGAGGCGGCGGCGGGAGAGGAUCUCGGCGCGAUGAUGCGUCUCCGGAGCCCGGCGCUGCUGAGGGACCUGCUGCGGCUGAGCCAGGGCGGCCCGCCGGGGGUGGUGGUGACGGGCGGGGGCUGCUGCCGGAGGGCUCCGGAGCUGCGGUGGCUCCGCCCGGCGCCUUCCCUGCGCCUCGUGCCUCGCUCCAUGUGCACCCGCUCGGAGGGGAUCCUGGAGGAGCCCGGCAAAGGCCCGCCGCCUGCCUCCGCCUCCUCCUCCUCUUCGGAAACGCCCAGCAACAACGGCGGCCACAACGCGGGCCCAGGCCAGGAAGCCGGUGGAUUGGGGGACGAUAAGACGAAGCAAGGUCUCUUGCCUAGUUUGGAGGAUCUGCUGUUUUAUACCAUUGCAGAAGGACAAGAAAAAAUACCAGUUCAUAAAUUUAUUACGGCUCUAAAAUCUACUGGUUUACGUACAUCUGAUCCAAGACUGAAAGAAUGCAUGGAUAUGUUAAGAUUGACACUUCAAACAACAUCAGAUGGUGUUAUGCUAGAUAAAGAUCUCUUUAAAAAGUGUGUUCAAAGCAACAUUGUCUUACUUACUCAGGCUUUCAGGCGCAAGUUUGUAAUUCCAGAUUUUAUGUCAUUUGCUUCCCACAUUGAUGAGUUGUAUGAAAAUGCUAAAACACAAUCUGGAGGAAAAGUUGCUGACUACAUUCCACAACUGGCUAAGUUCAGUCCUGACUUGUGGGCAGUGUCUGUGUGUACAGUUGAUGGACAGAGACAUUCUAUUGGAGAUACCAAAGUACCAUUUUGUCUUCAAUCCUGCGUAAAGCCCUUGAAGUAUGCCAUUGCUGUUAAUGACCUUGGCACUGAAUAUGUACACAGAUAUGUUGGUAAAGAACCUAGUGGACUAAGAUUCAACAAAUUGUUCCUCAAUGAAGACGACAAACCUCACAAUCCUAUGGUGAAUGCUGGUGCAAUUGUGGUCACUUCUCUGAUCAAGCAAGGAGCAAAUAAUGCUGAGAAAUUUGACUAUGUGAUGCAGUUCAUGAAUAAGAUGGCUGGCAAUGAAUAUGUUGGGUUCAGUAAUGCCACGUUCCAAUCUGAAAGGGAGAGUGGGGACCGAAACUUUGCAAUAGGAUAUUAUUUGAAAGAGAAAAAGUGUUUUCCUGAGGGAACAGAUAUGGUUGGCAUAUUGGACUUCUACUUCCAGCUUUGCUCCAUAGAAGUGACUUGUGAGUCAGCCAGUGUUAUGGCUGCCACAUUGGCUAAUGGGGGAUUUUGCCCAAUCACGGGUGAGAGAGUCCUGAGUCCCGAAGCUGUUCGCAACACUCUGAGUUUAAUGCAUUCCUGCGGCAUGUAUGACUUUUCAGGACAGUUUGCUUUUCAUGUGGGUCUUCCUGCAAAAUCUGGAGUUGCGGGUGGCAUUCUUUUAGUGGUUCCUAAUGUUAUGGGAAUGAUGUGCUGGUCGCCUCCUCUGGACAAGAUGGGCAAUAGCGUGAAAGGAAUACACUUUUGUCAUGAACUUGUUUCUUUGUGCAAUUUCCAUAACUAUGAUAACUUGAGGCACUUUGCAAAGAAGCUUGAUCCUCGGAGAGAAGGCGGUGAUCAGCGGCUUUCCUAUGGACCAAUGGACUAUGAGAGUCUUCAACAUGAACUUGCAUUAAAAGAGACUUUGUGGAAAAAAGUGUCACCUGAGUCAAAUGAGGACAUCUCCACCACUGUAGUGUAUAGAAUGGAAGGCCGGGGAGAGCAGAACUAAAGGCUCAGGCUCUAGUGUCAGAGAGGCCGCUUCGUCUGUUAAACAUGAUCCAGAUCUUCUAGACCACAGAGUUCUAGAUAUUAAAGCUUUGUUCUUGUACUUUCAGUGUUUUCUAAAUACUGCUAGAGAUACCAAAAAAUAGUAUCUAAUUUUAUACUAAUUGCUUUAAUUGCUUUUUCAGAAAGCAGGUGGAAACCAAAUCUGAAAAUGUAUGUUGUUUAAAUUUUCAGUUGCAUCAUGCUUAAGGAAUGGAUUUAAAAGGGAAUUUUAAGAGUGAGGGGGAUGCCGGAAAAAUCUGUGGAAAUGCAAAUACAAAUAGUGUUAACUAUGAAGCAAGAAAAUGAGAACAGUAGAUAUAGGAGGAUUUAAUUGUCAAAUCAUACAUUUUUAUAAGUGGAUGUAUCUUCCAAUUGUUAGGAUGUCCUGGGGCAUUAGUAUUUAAUAGCCCCAUGUUGGAUAUGUUUUUCCCCAUAAGCUCUGAGGCUCUUGUUUAUUAAUCAAGGUAACUUGCUUUCAGUGUAAGCAGCAGCAAAUAUUCAACUUCUGCAGCAUGGACAAAACUGAAAACAAAUAUGUAAACAACUAUAUACCCAUAUAUAAAUGUCUUGCUUAAACACACUUAAAAUAUUAGUGUACUAGUGUACACUAGUGUACAUCUUCUAGUAACAGCACAUUAGAAGAGUCUGUUUAUAUUAAGCCUUCAGAUAUGACUGUAACAAUUGUUCAUGCACCAGGUUGAGAUACAGCUUCACAUACGUCCUUUCUAAUAUUAAUAGAAAGCUUCCUGUUUGCAAGAUUGGCCCAUUAAUUGCUUCCUUACUUAGUGUGGCUUUGCGGUUGUGACAGAUGGCCCCUACUUAGUAAGUGUCUAUUCGGGGAUGCGAGGAAAGACUCGUUUGCUUGCUAUGACAUUGUAGAAGGACUCUUGGAAAAGUUUACAUGUUUUAUUGCUCCUUUUUAAAAUAAAAAGAACAGUUUGCUACUUCUUAUCCUGGGUAAUGAGCAACGCUGCUUGUUCAUAAUGGGUUGCAGACCUUCUGGUAUAAAAAUCUCCAAAGUGACCCAACACAACAUUUUUAAAUUAUUAUGCACGUGUUAGUUACUCUGUGCCUAGAAGUCUAAUGACAUCAGUAGGUACUGGAUUUUUUUAAAUCCACAGUGUUGGUAGUCUUCCUAUGAUGAGAUAAACUUCAGCAAAAGCUAAGGCUAUAUCAAAA